AUGCAGUUACGAUUUGUGGGUCGCAGAGUCGCUGAUGCGUCCAGCGAUUCAGUAAUGGAAGAUCCAACCGAGCACGUCGUCACUCAAUUGACUCAUAUCAUUAUUGAUUGUUCGUCAAUUCCUUAUGUGGACUUGAUGGGCAAAGAUGCUCUUGCUCAAACGUAUGCCGACUACUCGACGAUCGACAUUACCGUACUCAUGGCAAACUGCAAAGUGGCAGUGCGACAGCUAUUUGAGACCACGGACUUCUAUCACAAGGUUCCAAAAAAUCGGAUGUUUGUGAAUGUGAAUGACGCGGUGAUUCAGGCACUGAAGGAGCAACGAGGACGUUUCCGCGAGCGCAAUAUCACAGUACGUCACAACCAUUUCCUGAAGAGAGAUACACGCGCCACAGCAGAGUAUAAG